UUUUGUGGGGCAAAAAUUCACAGAUUUCUGCGACCCGUGACAUUCCUUUUUGUGUGGCAUUUGAUUCUUUCUAUGUACAUCGACCCUAUUUUAGUCUCAAAAAAUAUUUUGCCAUUUCUAUUUAAUUAUAGGCAGUUAUAUUAUUUUAGUUUUGUGCCCAAAUUAUAUUUAAAUUUAUUUUAUUUAUGAAUAUCUAUUAUUCCCACACAUUUUUGUCCUUUGACUUUUGAUUCUUUAAAAUGUGAUUGGAUUUAAUUAUUGUUAAAAUUUUAAUUAAAAAUUUUAUUAUUUGCCAGUAAAUAUUUUGAAUAAAUUUCUUCUAAAUAAAUUUUUUAAAUAUUUUUUUGUUUAAUUUCUGUUUAAUGACGGUUAAUAUUUUUAAAAAUUUUAAUUUUUUAUUAGCUAAAAAUAAAUUGAAUUUAGACUAUGAAUUCCUCUGAACCUGAACAAAUUUUUGCUGGUGGUAAGGAUGUUAAAGAGGAACCUGCUUCUGAUGUUGUUGAUGCUGAACCAUGUCGUCAAAUGGAGGUGAAGAUGGAAGUCGCUGAGGAACUUAAUGAAAAUUUGGCAACUCCUCAGCUGCAACAAAAGAAGCGUAAAAGGCUCCCCCAAAGAAAGAGAAUGCAGUUGAAGAAAAUAAAAGCAAUGGAGGCUAAUAAACUUAGGGAGGAUAAGAAUUGUGAUGCAACAGCUACUAGUAAAGUGGAUGUUUCUGCGCAGCCACCUAAAAAGAAGCGUAAACUCCAUCAAAGAGACAAAAAAAAGUUGAAGAAAAUAGUAGAAGCAAUGAAGGAAGGAAGGAAAAUAAAAAUUCUUUAAAUAAAUUUUCAAGUUAUUUUUUUGUAAUAUCCGUUUAGUGACGGCGAAUAUUUUUAAAAAAUUUUUAUCUUUAUGA